AGGAUUGUUCUUCUUUUUUUUUUUAAUGCUAAACCGUGGGUCGGAAAACAAAAUAAGAUUUCCAUUGUACUUCGAAUUGGAAUGUAGGGUUUUUCGUUCGGUUAUUAUCUCUACAAGGCGGCUGGUAUCAGAAAUAGCUGAGAUCUUUCGGUGGCGCAAGAGUUGAGUUACGGCUGCAGGGAUGGAAACUGCUGCAUCCGGUUUUUCGAUGGCGGAUUGGUCGGAACUUCAACAUGAUCUGCUUGUUCUAAUUGCUAGGCGUUUGAAUCUCGAAGACUAUCUAAAUUUUGGGACUGUCUGCAAAUGCUGGCACUCUGUAUCCACCAAGGACAAUUUCAACAAUUACCUCUCUAGAGCUCCUUGGUUGAUGCUAGCGGAGGAAGAGGAAGACGGAAAUUCCAUUCGGAAAUUCUUCAGCCUCUAUAAUGGCAUGAUUUUGAACAAGAGGAUUCCGAAAGCCCGCAGAAAACGGUGUAUGGAGUCUAUGGGUUGGCUUAUCAUGGUAGGAGAAGAUGAAGGUGAAAUUAGUAUGCUACAUCCCUUCUCUGGUGUUGAAAUUGAAUUACCCCAUCAAAAUACCACCGCAAAAUACAACCGUUACCGGACUGGCUCGAAGAUGUGCUUUUUUUACAAGGCAGUUUUGUCCGCUAGUCCUUCUCAUACAUCCGACUACCUUCUCAUGGUCAUUGAAGGAGCAUUUAAGUUUUUAAGUUUCUGGAGACCAGGUGAUGUUCGAUGGACUAGAGUUACAUUCCAAGGAACCGAUCGCGUGGGUACGGCUUUUUAUGAUUUGAUAUACUUUAAUGGCCAAAUUUAUGCUAUGGAUUAUUCCGGUGAUCUGAUAGUUUUUGACGUUGCUGAUGCUGUUGGCACUCAACCUACUAAAUAUCGUAUCGUAGCGCACAUGCCACUUCCACCUCAACUUCGUCGUGAACAGUUAUACAUUGUAGAAUCACUAGGAUCAUUAUUUGUAAUUUUGCGAGAUGGUGUUCAUUUAAGGUUACUCAAAGAUGAUCGCGACAGGAUACCAUUAAAGCUCAUCCCAGAUGAUGAUGAUGAGUACACAUAUGGGACAACCAAUUUUAGAGUUUUCCAAGUCGAUUCAGCUGCUGGCAUAAUGACGGAAACAAGGGAAUUAGGGGACGCUGCUUUUUUUCUAGGUGCUAAUAGUUCUGUCUCAGUCCAAGCUUGUCAAUUUCCGGGAAUCAAGCCCAAUCAUAUUUAUUUUACAGACGAUUAUUUUUUAACAUACCUCGCCUAUGAAGAAGGAGGAGGGUUGGACAUGGGGGUGUUCAACCUAGCAGACGGCAGCAUUCAGCCGCAUUACAAUGGUGUUUCCCUCAGUCGUUUUUGUCCUCCAACUUGGACUCUCUAUUGAAUUUCAGUCAUACAUACUCAUCUUGGCUGGUGAAAGAGCAUUCUGCUGUUUUGAUGUGCAAUGAGGCACUCGAGAGGACGUGAGGCACUGGUUUUUGAGAGGAUAUCUUUAGACAUGUUACAAAUGGAAGACUAUUGAGAUAAAAAAGAAAUCAGCUAAUGGUGUAAUUUUUUUAACUCUAAUUAUUUUUUCUGCCUAUCUUUCUAUGCAAAUGAAUGUCCAUAGGUUUAUUUGCGUUGUUAAACUUACAGAAAAAAUUUUAGUGAAAAAAAAAUAGUACACCUAUCUUUGAUAUGCA